AUGUCUCGGCGUUAUCCUGUCGCUGAUGUCUACGACGACCGAGAGCGCGAUCCCUAUGCUCGACCUCGACCUGCGCGCAACUAUGAGGAUAUCGAAGUCGACAUCAACCGCACUCGCUACGCCGACCGCCCAGAGACUGUCGUGAGCGACCGCCGAAACACCCGCGGAGCAAAGCUCCCAGAUUUCCUGCACGACGACUAUGGACGAACGAAUGCCGGUCCGCUCGUAGUUAAGAAUCGCGAGCCUGACGAAUAUGCCGACUAUGUCUCCCGCAGAGACGACGAUACCAGAUCCCGCAGAGGUGGUCCACCAGAAAGAGUUGAAAGGGACGAACUCGUGAUUAGAGAGCGCCGAGGUGAACCUCCACUCAGAGAACGACCACCGCCUUCGAGGGAUCCUAGAGACUUCGAGCGCGAAGAAAUCAUCCUUCGUCUCUUUCGCAGGGGUGCUGGAGAUCGUCGUCCUCCUCCUCGUUCCGAAGCUGCGAGAUCAGAAGUUGCCGAGGAGGAGUUCAUCUUUCGCCAUGAAGAGACACGUUCUCCGCCUCCUCCAGCCAGAAGCGUGCGCGGUGUGGAAAGGGAGGAGAUCAACGAGCGCGAGGAGAUCAUCAUUCGUCGCCGCGAGCACGAACGCAAUUCUCCUCCUCCUGUGAGAGACGAUAGGGAAGAGAUAAUCAUCAGACGACGAGAGAGAUCUGUUCCUCGCGAGCCCACCCCGGAACCAGUCAGAGAGCCGACCCCUGAGCCCAUGCCUCCACCGCCACCAGAACCUAUUGUCCGUCCGCCUAUCAUUCAGGAAAUCAUUACGCAUCACAGACAUAUCGAUCAUGGCAUUGAGCGAGCCCGUUCACCAGAACUUUUGCCCAGUCCUCCCCGGCACCACCAAGUCCUCCUCCUGCACCCAGGGACGAGAGUCUCGAGANUAGAAAUUCGUAGACGCAACACUCGCAACGGAGGCUAUGAUGAAAACAUCACCUUUGAGCGUGAGGUCUCUCGUCCAGCACCUCGACGUGAACCUGAGGUGGAGCGCGAUGUCGAAAUUUCUCGUUCUCGCUCGGUCUCCACGCCUCAACGUCGCUAUGAUGAUGAAAUUGCUGCCGAGGCCGAGUACUACAAUCGCAAAGCACUCGAGCGUGGCUAUGUUGGUGAAGCACACAAUGGUGCAACUCGAGACUGGGGACUCGUUGACAUACCUCCUGGUACCAGACGCGUGCAGAUGGAUGGGUUGGGAGGUGCUCGACAAGACAUUACCUGGCAACAAUACAAUGGCUCCAGGAGAAGCAAAUUCUACACUGCUGAUGAAGAAUUCGUUACCGAUUUUGCGCCUGGGCUCCCAGCACCAGAGCGUAAAGAGGAGAAGCGCAAGGUUGCCAAAGACAUGUGGACUGAAGUCACCAAAGAUCUGGUCAUCAAGGAAGCCAUCGAGGAGAUGGGCUAUCAGUAUGAAGACUCGGAACACUUCUUCUACGUCAUGGAGUACUUGAAAUACGAUGUCCUUCAGCUUGUAGAGCUUUCCGAAGACAUUCGUCGCGAACGUCGUGAUCGAAUUCGUGAGAUUGAGUGGGAGCGUGAACAACUCGAGAGACUUCCCNCUCCCAAGCCACGUUCACCACCCGCAAAACCUCGUUCCAAGUACGACGAGCGUAUCUACGAACGCGAGAUCAUUUACGAUUCGAAGCGAUCAGGC